CAGUCGGACGGAUUAUUUUCCCUUUUUAAGAAAAUUGUUGGCCAUGAAAGAAAACUCUUAUUGCCAUCUCUGAACCAAAGUGUUGAGCAAAAGAGUUCAAAUUGCGGUGUGAGGCUGUGAAGUGAACAUGAGUAUCUCUUCAGUGUUGCACAGAAGCCAAGGGAAAAUCCUCUUUUGAAAGAAAAAUCACAAAUGAACUUCCCUUCUUGCUUUUGUGAGAUUUUCUCUCUCUCUUUCGAAACUUGGCGGGAAUCGUAUGAGGAGUUUGGAGCGAGAUGUUAUAUGGGAAUGCGAUAAGAAAGGUGCUCCACAAAUUAUCAAAUGGUGUAUAAAAUAUAGUGUCAAUGCGGAACUUUAUCAUCUCACCAGAGAUUUUCACGAUCAUCUGUGAAGUGUUGGGAGAACAUUUAUGCAUAGCCAAAGAAGUGAGUGAAGGAGUGAAUUAAAAUUAGAAGAGAAAAGUGAGAAAUGGGAGUUCCGUGGUCAAAACAAUGUAAAAGACACGAACACAUCAAUCGGAAUCAUAAAUAGAUUGACAAACACUUUUAUUGGCUGGAAUACCACAGGAGGAAAUUGUCCUUUUUUCCCUGUCUUGCCAGAAGAACAACACAGACCGGAUUUGUUCCGGAGGGGCAAAGGGUUUGGGUGUCUAAUAAUUGAAAAUAAGUGAGGUGGAAGUGGAAAAUUAUGACGUCGUCUCAUCAUCAUCAAGUGGAAAUUCCGGAUGAUGAAGCAGAGGAUGUAACGAUAAAUGUUCUACUGGAUGAUAAUAUUAAUGGAGAGGAGACAACUCUGCGGUUGGUUAAACCCACAAGAUUGUGGUCUCGUGUCAUGGAUCGCCUAAUUGCAACUGAUGGGAAUAAUCAGGACGAAAGGGGAUUAUCUACUGGACCCGCCACCAAUUCAAACUCAUCUCUGGCCCACAAUGGAUUCAUCAAUAACGGAACCACUGCUGAUAUGGAUGAUGAUCUGUCAGACAGUGGGAUUGGCAAGGCGGAUGAAAUAUCCAAGACAGACAUAUCAAAAAUUCCCCGCGUCCCGGGCGAUGGUGCCCAAGCUGAAGAUGUACCCACUGACUUCUGCACCGCAGUGAAGAUUCAGACAUCCCCAUAUGAACGAGAUGUGAUAAAACCGGCCAAUGGAACUGAACUGAUGGAACGAAAUCCCGGACAGAAUGCUUCUGAAAUCCCAUCUGACGAACCACCACCUUUUGGGAAUGAGACAUAUGCUGCCUUUAAGCGUGGCACAGUGAUGAAAGGCAUUCUCUGUCCAUCCUUUACAAAUUCUUUUAAGGCACGCUCUCUGGAGCACUCAUAUCUUACAUAUUCACACAGACAGCGCCAAAAAUCCCUCAUUAUUGUCAAUAUUGUGGAUCUUCUGCUUAAAUUAAUCCUUGCCGUUGUCUGGAUUACACGUCGAUCACCAGAUAUUCCUGUAACAGCACAGGCUAUCACAUGGUCCAUUUGCUGUAUCAUCGCCAAUCUGGGUAUCUGCCUUUUGGGAUGUUGGCGCUGUUUCGCCAAUAACUACCUUCAUUGGGCAGCCACCUGUACGUGGCUCCUGCUCAAUCUUCAAGGAUUCGUGGGACAGGGUAUGGGCUUUGCUGAGCGUGAAUACCUUGUUUGGUAUGUCCUUUUCAUCAUUUUUGUGCCAUAUGCCAUGCUUCCACUACCGUUGAAGUGGUGCAUGAUUGCCGGAUCUGUAUCAGCUAUGUGCCAUCUUAUCGUCAUGACCAUUGAGAAAUUUCACAAAAAUGUGAAUGAGGCCUGUCUUUUAAGACAACUAGGAGCAAAUUCCCUUCUAUAUCUCGCUAUCAAUUUUGCGGGAAUGUACACAAAGUACCUGACUGAUCGAGGCCAGAGACUUGCCUUCAUCGAAACCCACAAGGCGAUGGAGCACAAAAAGGAAUCGGAGAAGGAGUAUCAGAGAACACAAAAACUUCUGGAUUCCAUUCUUCCCAUGUUUGUCAACAAUGACAUCAGAAAGGAAAUGUACAAAGGAGCUGAUGCCAACGUUGAUGCCCAGUUUAAGAAGCUCUUUAUCUACUAUAUGGAAAAUGUUAGUAUCCUCUUUGCUGAUAUCAAGGGAUUUACAGAACUUGCGAGUAGAACAUCAGCUCAACAACUUGUGAGGAUUCUCAAUGAUCUCUUUGCUAGAUUUGAUCGAAUAGCUGAGGAUAAUCACUGUUUGAGGAUAAAACUCCUUGGAGACUGUUAUUACUGCGUGUCCAUGUUUGAUAGUCACAGCUGGAAAUCCCGACCAGAUCAUGCUGUAUGCUCUGUCGAGGCGGGACUGCAUAUGAUUCGCGCCAUCAAGGAUGUUCGUCACAACACCCAUGUGGACCUCAAUAUGCGAAUUGGGAUACACAGUGGAUCUGUGAUGUGUGGGGUGCUCGGCGACAAGAAAUGGCACUUUGAUGUGUGGUCCAAUGACGUCAUUAUCGCUAAUCACAUGGAAUCAGGCGGAAUACCUGGUCGAGUUCACAUUUCCGAAGCUACACUCAAUUGCCUCAAUGAUGCAUAUGAAGUGGAACCUGGGGAUGGUGGUAGUCGUGACAAUCACUUGAAAAUGAUGAAUAUAAAAACGUAUUUGAUCAAGAGAACUGAACCAUUGAGGCCCCGAAAGAGAUUGAUACACAGAGGAAGUGAAUUUCAAGAGCCACCACAGAGAUUCUCUGAGAUUAAACCAAAUGUCCAGGCACAAAAUUCCGUGGCAAGUCGGCCAGAUAGCAAAUCAGCAUCUAAAAGAAGUUCCCGGAAUACUAUUCAUGAUGAUGAGCCUACAACAGACUGGACACCGGAGAUUCCCUUCAAGAACCUAGAUGGACGUGAUGGUCUCAAUCGUACCGAUUCCGUCAUGGCCAGUGACUAUGUGAAGCAGGAAACACGAAUAUCCCUGUCAGCCACGGAAGAAGUUGAUGAGUUCAUUGACCAGAACAUUCAAAUCAACACGAACAAACAAAUGCGGCAGGAAUUCCUCUAUGGAUGGACACUAAAGUUCAAGGAUAGUGCACAAGAAGGGAAAUUCUGUCAGCUACGUGAAGACAUGUUCAGAUCCAAUAUGCUAUGUGUCUUUGUCGUGUGGAUUUUUAUUGUAUUCUGUCAGGUAAUCAUCCUUCCCACGUGCAUCAUUCUCGUCAUUUGCCUCUCCAUCGCAACAUUCCUUAUGACCCUUGCGUGGAUUCUUGUCAUGGCUGAGGAAUUUCCACGUCUUCCGGAAAUUCUCCAGCGCAUUUCCGCUUCUCUGGUGCAUCAUCGCAAUCGCCGAACCAUUUUUAUAUGCUUCAUCAUUGUACUGAUGUCGGCUGUUAGUGCAGUUGGUCUGGGACUUUGUCCUCUCACAGAAUACGCUACAGAACCUGAUGUACUAGCACUACAAAAUACCCCAACCACACAAUUGCAACUCAAUGUCCUGGUCACCAUACACCACAACAUCACCAUCAAUUCACCCAUGGAGACGCCUGUGAUAUCAACCAAUCUCACGCCAUCCCACCAUCUAAUCCCACGAGAUAUCCGGAAAUCAACAUCAACUGGAAAUUCAAUUUAUGAUUCACCAGUCAGGGAUAUAAAUGGUACUAUCUUUGACACCAAUACAACAGAGACCAGUCCUAUUAGCGAAGAAAUCCUAGAUGAUCCUUGUGCCCAUCCGGAAUACAUUGUCUUCACUUGGGUGCUCUGCCUAAUUGCUCUAGCAACAGCCCUCAAGCUCUAUUACCUUGUGAAGACGCUCAUGGCUAUUGGAAUGGUCACUUGUUAUGCUAUCCUUAUCCUCGUAGUCUUUUCCGAUGUCUUCACCAGCAAAAAUGUCGAAUAUGAACUUCUACAUCUUGGAAUGCCACUUCCAGCCCAGAUGCUCAUAAUGCUGGCUGUUUUCUUCACCAUGGUCUGUUACCAUGCACGUCUCGUGGAAGUUACAUCGCGACUGGACUUUAUUUGGAAGGAGCAAGCAGAAAAGGAAUUGACCAAUAUGAAAUCCAAUCGUGUUCUCAAUGAUCUACUCAUUAAGAACAUUUUACCUGAUCACGUGGCUAGUUAUUAUCUAUCCGAAGAACGCACAGAUGAACUAUAUGCACAAAUGCAUAAUCUCUGUGGAGUGAUGUUCGCAUCAAUACCAAAUUUUCAAGAUUUCUAUUCGGAGGACAUUGAAAAUGGGAAAGCAUGUAUAAGGAUCUUGAACGAAAUAAUCUGUGAUUUUGAUGCACUCCUCGAGGAGGAGCGCUUUGCAUCUAUUGAGAAAAUAAAGACUGUUGGCGCCACAUACAUGGCAGCCUCUGGACUCAAUCCAAAGCACCAGCUUGAACGUGGUGGCACUGAGGAGGAUAGUGUUUCGGAUCUCGUGGAAUUUGCCCUAGCCAUGAGGCAAAAAUUGCAGGAAGUAAAUAAAGAUGCCUUCAACACCUUCCAGUUGAGGGUAGGAAUCAGCAGUGGACCAGUAGUUAGUGGAGUAAUUGGGGCCCGGAAGCCUGUCUACGAUAUUUGGGGCAAUACCGUUAAUGUGGCAUCGAGAAUGGACUCCACAGGGGAAAAUUGGAAAAUCCAGGUGCCAGAUUACACAGCACAAAUUCUUCAGGCCAAGGGGUACACUUGUGUGGUGCGUGGUGAGAUUAACGUGAAAGGGAAGGGCAUAAUGCUGACACAUUGGGUGCUUGGACUCAAUGUGCCUGCCAGUCAGUUAAUGUCACCCACUCUAAUGCCAGCGGGAAUCCCUCAGGCUCAGACGCCGUCACUUCAACGUCAGACAUCCCAUCAUAGCUCCCUCGCGGCAGUCGUCUUUGGCAUGAUGCAGGCUUCCAAGAGGAGCACAAUUAACAGUUCAACACCCACCGCAACACCCUCGCCCAAAACGAGAUUCGGUCGCCGGGGAAGCACAUUCAGUUCAGUGAGAGUGUCCCAGAGAGUUCCGUCUAAUCCUAUUCGUCGGAAUACCACAAGAGUUCGUGGUAGGAGUUACCACCAAAAGAAAAUAACAGUGGCAUCUCUCACAUCAUCAUCAUCAGCACCUGCAAGUGCCAAUUUGAGUGCUAUUCCCGUCAUUCCCACUUUUAGGAAUCUUCAGCUCAAUGACAGCAACACAAGUUCAGAUCUUUAGUGUUUUACAGAAAAUAAAAGAAAACUUCUGAUUCUUUAGGAAAGUAAUAGAUUACAAGUUUUUCUCUUUUUUUUUGAAAAACCGAAAAAUUGUUCUAAGCUCCACCCCAGAGAAAGUGUAUUGAUUGAGGGAAAACAUAUAGUUAUGGGGGCUGGAAGAAGGUGAUAAAAUGAGAUUGUUAGAGGACCUUAAAUUGUAGUUAAAUUAUAUUGUAUGUUUGUAAAAGUGUUAAGUAUUAAAUAAAAGCUAAGAAAAUCUA